GGCGUGAGCAGUUUAAAGUGUUAGUGUAGUUUUUUUUGGCACGAAGCCUAGUAAGCCUUAGGCUAUAUAGAAUCUGUCUAUGAACGAAUUGCCCUUAAUAAAUUAAUUGGAUCAUUUUUCAUUUUACGUGUUUACAAUUUACAUUGUUAUGUUAUGUUAACGUUGUUAACAGUAAUACAAUACCGUAUGAAGUUUGGUUGGGCUAAGUUAUAUCUUACAUCUAAUUUAAGCCCUAAGACCUAGGGAUCAUGUCUGUCCAACCACCCAAAGUGUUACCCAAACCAGGGCAAGUUAAAGUGGUUCGAGCUCUUUACAACUACUCUGCCCAGCAGCCAGACGAGUUGUCAUUCAAAGCUGGGGAAAUCUUGUAUGUUUUUGACCAAACGUCAAACAAGGAUUGGUGGAAGGCAAGAUGCGGAAACAGAACAGGAGUCAUCCCAAGUAACUAUGUGGAAAUGCAGACAGAGUCCGUUGAUGUUCCGUUACAUGAAGCAGCGCGUAGAGGAAACUUGAGUUUUCUACGAGAGUGUUUGCAACAAGGCGUGUCAGGGACAGGUCUGGACAUGGUUGGCAACACUGCCCUCCACUGGGCCUGUCGUAGUGGCCACACUGAUUGUGUCAAAGAGCUCUUGGCACUGCCUAAACCUCCAGUCAAUGAACAGAACAAAAUGGGAGACACUCCAUUACAUCUAGCAGCUGCGCACAACCACCUUGAUGUUAUACCUCUAUUACUUCAGGCGGGGGUGGACUGCGCGAUAAAAAACAAUGACGGACAGCUGGCAGAACAUCUCGGAUCUACAGCAGUGGCCAACCUGAUUAGGCUCAAUCACCUGCGUAUUUCUCACCCAGCGUCUUACACAGCGGAGGAUUAUGUCGACGACUCAGAUUAAUGGCACAACGGUUAGCUGCUUACGAUCAACAUAAACUAUACAUAAUUCCUUCUGGUUACUCCUGGAAGAGUAAAAAGAAGAAUAUACAGUGGGUUCUCAAUAAUUCAAACUCAAAAACCUGACGCUAUAAAUUAGUCAUAUGGGAUUUGAUUUGUGUUUUCACAGAGUCUUGCAUCUUACAGUGUAUUGGAGCUUUGACGUUGGAUAACUAGACAAUCCAUUCCCGUGUUAAUCCUGUCACCUGUGUUAUAAUUUAAAUUAAAGUACAGUAAAACUUAAGGGGGCAAAGCCAUUACGGAUAACCUUUUUUUUGGUUGGCCAAUGGUAGGAAUUUUAAAGGCUGUGUCUUGUUUAAAUAGAUCUACAACUGUAUAUCCAAAAUUGAU